CUACAUACCAACUCACGUGUGACCUUGUGCCGUCUGACUCGGAAGCUUUUUGUCUACUUCGAGACCCUGGCCAUCGUGCUUGCGUAUUCAGCGCCACCUUUGCCGCUCACUCCACACCGGCAGAAACCUCCUUUGAAGGGGGCCGCUUGAUCCACUUCACCUUCCUGCCCCUCCCUCCAUGCCAGGCCCGCAUCUACCACAAGCGAUACCUCGGAUGACCGACUCGACCUCCGGGCCUGGGGGGCCUUCAUCGCUCAAGUUCGCAUCCCUCAGCGUCCAGUCGUACGUGUUGGACAGCCCUCCCUUCACAGGCACUGCAGUCGGAGGGUCUGGUAACACUCCGGGCCCGUCCGGUUCGAGCGAACAGCAGCCACUGGAGAGCCCGCCAACAGGGCAAGAGAAGGACAUGCCUGCCGGCGAGAAUCAUACCACUUACUCUUCCUCUCGCACGUCUGCCGAAGACGACGGCGGGAAGACGCCGAACCACCACGCCGCCCGGUUAUCAGAAAUGCAUCCAUUCGGCCAAUAUCGCCAAGAAAUAUCAGCAGAGGAAGGAACUCGAUCACAAGCAUCAUCUCGGGAUCAAACUCUUCCGCGGGACCAGGAUGUGCCGAACUGGAAUCUUGAUAGCCAGCAAAGGCUGCCGCCCUCUUACCCGAACGGGUUGGGCAGCCCACGGCCGGCAUACUCGAUGCUGGCGGAAGACUUGGAUGGCGUGGAAGAUGCAACGUCGGUCAUCACCGAUCGCGGCGUAGACGAAGAGGUCGAUGGAGAUGGGACAGCUUUCGUGCUACGCCGCUCAGGAUCAUUUUCUGUACACAAGGUACCCGUACAGCCGCAGUCGAGGGAUCAAUAUCGAUUCCCAAAGCAUCGCUUACCGCUCAGGAUGCGGGACGAAUCCAAAAUCCCACUGAUCAUCGUCGCCUGCGGGAGCUUUUCCCCACCAACAUACUUGCAUCUGCGUAUUUUUGAAAUGGCCAAGGAUUCUAUUGUCGAAUCUGGCAAGUACGAGCUGCUCGCUGGCUACUACUCGCCCGUGUCAGAUUACUACAAGAAGGAGGGGCUUGCGAAAGCGACGCAUCGAGUACGCAUGUGCGAGCUUGCGGUGGAGAAGACAUCGACAUGGCUCAUGGUCGACGCGUGGGAGUCGCUACAAGACGAGUACCAGCGCACUGCCGUCGUGCUGGAUCAUUUCCACGAGGAGGUCAAUGCAGGACCCGAUGGAGGUGUCAAGCUCAGCGAUGGCUCACACCGACCAGUAAAGAUCAUGCUUCUUGCAGGUGGAGACUUGAUCCAGAGCAUGGGCGAGCCCGGCGUUUGGGCGGAGCCAGAUCUGCAUCACAUCUUGGGCAACUAUGGCUGCUUAAUUGUGGAAAGGACCGGCGCAGAUGUCUGGUCCUUCUUGCUUGGGCAUGACCUUUUAUGGCGGUAUCGGCGGAAUCUCAAGAUCGUCAAGCAAACAAUCUACAACGACAUUAGCAGUUCCAAAGUUCGCCUCUUUGUCCGUCGCGGGCUGAGCAUCAAAUACUUGUUACCGAACUCAGUGAUAAACUAUAUCGAAGAGCACAAAUUGUAUCGGCUGCCUGAAGAAGAGGAUCUUGAAUUGAAAGAGACAAACUGGUAGAGAUUGCCAAAAAUGUGGAACCCAAAUGCAAAACCUUGUACUCGCGCAUGUGCCUCACGGCCCGCAAUGAUACCUACAGGACUUUGGAAAAGCCAAGCAAAUCAUUGUGGUCGCUUGCGGGAGGGAAACAAGUCUGCGCCUGCGGACGAAUUGGAAGUGUUGCAGUGUGACCAGAGCUGCGCG